AUGAACAACUACAACCUCCUCUGCAUCUUCUACUGCUCCUUCGGCGCUUUCUUCUAUGGCUACGAUUCCGGCCUCACCACCUCCAUCAUCGGAUACCCAGAAUUCAUAUCCUACUUCGCCUUCAACCCCGCGACCCUCGGCGCCCUUGGAUCAGCUUAUUAUGCCGGAAACUUCGCUGGGAGUCUGAUGAACAUGUACUUGCCGGACAAGUUUGGGCGGCUGAACGUUGUGAGGUUCGCGAGUGUAGUAUCGAUUUUGGGGGCGGGGAUGCAGACGGGGGCAAAGGGGUUGGGGGUGUUGUUGGCGGGGAGGGCUAUUGGGGGGAUAGGUGAGGAACUGCUUUGGUCUACGUUGGCGAGGUUGACGCUGAUGUUGGGCUUUCAGCCUGCGGGAUCAUUGUUGCCUUGUGUCCGCUCUAUGCGUCAGAGAUCUCGCCUCCGCAUGUUCGGGGUCGGGUUGGUGGAUUGUACAAUCUCCAGCAUCAACAUCAACGUAUCGUACGCUCUGACGGAGUGGAUGGGCCUAGGCUUCUCCUACAUCGCCGGCAGCGAGCUCAAAUGGCGUCUCUUCAUCGGCUUGCAACUCCUCUGCGCAGCCAUCAUGCUCAUCGGCUCCAUCUGGAUGCCUGAAUCUCCUCGCUGGCAAGCCCCCUCAUCAUACCUAUCCAGAAACCACACCAUACUAACAGCUUACCCUAGGCUGGUCGUCCAAAACCGCCACGAAGAAGCCCUCGCCAUCCUCGAAAAACUCCACGGCUCCUCCACCCCCUCAACCUCAGCCUCGCCCGAACACAGUAGCACACCCUUCUACCGCCUCGAAUUCAACCAAAUCGAAGCCCAAAUCCGUCUCGAACAGGCAACGCCGCAACUCGGCAUCGUCUCCAUCUUCAAACGCCCCUCCUACCGCCGUCGCCUGCUGAUCAUCGUCUUCUUCUUCGCUUUCCAGCAACUCACCGCCAUCAUUCCGUUACAGAACUACCAAGUCAUCCUCUACACCUCCCUCGGCGUCACGGGCAAGACUCCGUUGAUCAUGGUCGGGGUCUGGGGGACCCUUGGCGUGAUAUUCUCCUGUGGCGGGGCGUACUUCUUCGAUAAAUUGGGGCGGAGGAAGAGUUUCUUCAUCUCCAUGACUGGAGUCCUGCUCGGCUCGAUCAUGCUCGUCAUCUUCUGGGCGCGGUUCGAGGCGAGCGGGAACACCAACAAGACGCUGGGGAGUCUGGCGCUGUGGGCCAUGUUUGUGUAUCUGGUGGGGUAUGCGUGGAUUCUGAAUAGUUUCGGGUAUGCUUAUACGCCGGAGAUUCUGGUGAGUACCUACGUUUUCAUGCUGGAUAUGUGGGAGGGCAGGACUAAGCAUUUUCGACAGCCCAUGGAGAUCCGAGCCACCGGUCUGGCAGCCGGCUUCGCGACCCUCAACGCCGUCAUCAUCAUGUUGGUGCAAGUCACGCCUAUUGCUGUGGAGGCGAUUAGUUGGAAGUAUUUCAUGAUCUUCAUCUUUACGGACGCCAUCUUCGUGGUCGUGUUCUACUUCCAAUUCCCCGAAACGGCCAAUGUGCCGCUGGAAGAAGUUGCGGCUUUGUUCGGUGAUGAAGUUGCUGUGCGCCUGGACCAGGCGAAGAAUGUCGAGUUUGGCGACGAGAAGCCUCACGGGCAGCACGUAGAGGAGGCAGGAGUUAGUGGUGAGAAGACGGCAGGUCGAUAG